CUUCUUCUGCAUUUUCCUGGGGUGUUCGCUCUCAUUGCAUUUCCCGCAGUGUUUCUCAAUCACAAAGUGACAGCUAAGCCUGUCAGGGAAGAUGGAAAACACACAUGUGGGCCAAUAUCCUCCAGCAACUGCUAGAGCCCUGGGGACAGCCAGCACACAGUGGGUCCAGGAAGCGGACAGAAUGGAGAGGACAGGACUCUGGGGGUGGCCAUGGCUGCUGCUGCUGCUCCUGCUGCUCUGGGUCUCAGGAUUCGAAGUGGUAGGUGAAGAGGAGAAGCAAAUAUGUCUGCAAGAAGGAAGGAACCUGAGCGUAUCUUGCGUUUACAACAUCAUGCUCUAUGAGUCCAGCCUCAAGGCCUGGCAGCGGGUGGGGAGCCAGGGUUCCGCAGAGACACUGGUACGCACGAACACUAGAAACACGGACAGAAACGUGGCCCGGGUUGGGAGAUACUUCCUGGAGGAUGAUCCCACCAUCGCCGUCGUCAGCGUCACAGUGACAGAGCUCCAGAGGCAGGACUUGGGGCUGUACCAGUGUGUGAUUGACCUCUCAUCACGGAGCCCCUUGGUGCUGCUGCCUAGGAUUCGGCUGGUACAGUGUGAAGAUCCUUCGGAUACCACUGCCUCAGACAAAACUCCUUCUCAGAAAACGACUCAGGUUCCCACCCGUCCUCAUGACACCACCAAGACCCAGAGCAUUCUUCAUACCAGCCCCAGAACUGUGACUCAAUUCCUGCCCAUGGUAACUGCCAGCCUCUCCUCUCCUGGCCUCGGAGUCACCCCCACACAAAGGACAGAUGUCAUCAGGAUCUCUCUGAUCAGCAUCGUUGUCUUCGUGGUGUGUGGAAUCCUGAGUAAGAGCCUGGUUUUCACUGUCCUGUUGGUUGUCACGCAGAGGUCAUUUGGAUCGAGGCCCGUGAACCCACAAAAAUGACCUGUGACCUUUAUCCAUGUCCAUCUGACAGCUGUGCUGGAAGAAGAAUGCGAAGUAAAAGGAAAGGGGUCGGGGGAGACAAUGACUUAGUUGGGUUUGUAACAUAGAUUGUCUCGAAGGUUCAGGAUCCCACCUUCCUGGCCCCAGGAAGUCCCCCCAUUUCACUAAUAACCUUGGGUGUGUGCUUUGCCCCAUCAGAAGAGACGAUAUAGCCCCUAGCAUGCCUGGACCUCCAUGCCACCAGAGGCUCAGGAUUUGCAUUAAAUAAAAACAAUGCUUUUCACUGUCA